UCUGUGAUCUUAACAUGAAGAUCACGUCUCGUCGCCCUACUGUUUCUCUCGCAGGAUUUUUUUUUUCUUUUAUAGUAGAGAGAUGUCCUUGUGUUCUAUGCACAGUGCGUGGAGCCCCAAGAGGCAGGGCCGCCCUGAUAUCACUCCUUUUGUCUCCUAAUUCUGGCUACUUAAGAUUAGAGCCGAGGAAGCUAAAAUCAGCAUGGGAAAAGGGGGCAAAACGAGAAGGGAUGAAAGUAUAGCAACAUGCCUCGGAACUGGGCACAUGAGAUGAAAUUGGACUGUACAUUAUUCAAGACAGAACAGCAUCAGUCUGGAGUAUGCAGAUUGUGUAAUAAUUUGAGACGGUAGAGCAUAUUUUAUUAGGGUGUGCUCGAUAUAAACUUACAAGGAGUUCAAAAUUUUAAAUCCCUGGGAAUGGAUAAUUUGACAUUAUAACAAUUAUUACGGUAUGGAGAGGAGUUUAAAUUGAUUCCCAGAUCCAUACUUGGUUAUUAGAAUGCAUUAAAUUGGAAUAUAUAGAUACAGUAUUUCAAGUUAGGUCCCUUUUGGCACACAGUCGAGUUCAGUUUUUGGUAGCAAUGCACCUUAAGUUGGUUUGCCAACCACCAUUAAACAAAAGAAGUAGCAAAAAUCAGGAGAAUUUAGUGGAGGAGGACUUUUACUAUUUCCUUGAUCAUCUUUUUUCUCAGAUUUUUUUUUUUCUGGAUUUGCAUGUUGUCAGUUGUUUGUUUAGAUAGAUCGACGGUCUUUCUGGCUGCUCCUUUUUGUCUACUUUUGAGCAUUUUACUUGUAUGUUUUUUCUAAUAAAUCCUUGUUGGUCACCAACAGCAUGAGCUGCCAUUCACUAUUUCGAUUAACAGUUUCACAGCCAGCCCCAUGGGUUUCUUUAAAAACGACAAGUCGGACAUAAAUUCUAACUGGUGUGGCAAGACAGCGAACGUUGCUGAGGACACUGAAUUACUAAGAACCACCAAUACCUGUAGUGGUUGGAUGUUGUACCGUGUUAGCCAUUAUGGAUGCAAUGAGAAGGCAUUCAAAAUCACAACUUUUAUCGGCAAACUAAAAAGAUUACAAUAUGUACAAUUUAGCCAUUAAAAGGUGUUUUUUUUUUUGCUCGACUCACUAAAAGAGCAACGAAAACGGCGAGAGUCCAUUGGGUGUGCAAAGGCACAGCACUACGGUAACGUUCCUUCAUUCAUAUUGAGCGAUGCCAAUUGAAUUGCCAGUUUCGUGCUAUACAUAAGCUUUAGUGUACGUCCUACAGAUGUAAAAAUGUGUUACCUGUGCUCGCGUACGAAGGAGUCCGUGCAGCCUUUACCACAGCAGCCGCAGCCGAGCGGGUCGGACUCGGAGUCCAAUAGCGGUAACGUCCAAAAUUCCCACAAUGCAGUUCGCCAAUAAAUGGUAACGUCAUCAAUGAAGACGGUCACGGCGCCGAUGGCGGUUUGCUCAGUCCCUGGUUGCUACGUAAAAAGCACAGAAGGCAGCCCCGAUGAAAAGAAACGACUUUUCCCUUUCCCUGCCGAUAAGGAGAAACGCAGGGAAUGGGUGGCGCGCAUCCGGAGCGUGAACAGAGAGCGAAGGAAGACGUGGAUUCCAACGCGGAGAUCGGUUUUGUGCGAGAACCAUUUUUCAAACGCUCAGUUUGAUAGUGGUGGUGCACUUCUGCCUGACGCUGUGCCUGACCAGAAUUGUGCUGUUUCCAGGAACUCUCCAUCUGGCACAUCCAGUAAUACAGAAAAUGGAAAAGCAGCACCAGUUCCUGAAGCACUCGGGCUGAUUGAUCAUUCGUACUGCAAAUCUCCUCCAAGUCUGGGUCUGCUGGAAGACGACUGUCUGCUUUCACCCGACGAAACUGCAUUGGAAACAAACGGCUCAUACAACGUGCCGGCUAAAGGUGACCAGACGGAGACCGCAGUCCAGAACCCAAUUUCCUUGAAAAUCUGCGGAAAAGAUGACCCCCGGCCUGCUGUCGCCCACAGACUGACCGAGAAGGCGGUCAUUGAUCACGUUUACUGUGCCCUUCCUGGCAAAGCAAAAGAGUCCAGCAUUGAGGACCCAGCAGACUAUGCAGUGGAAGUAACAGCGGUGGCACUGAAUAAUUUCAAGGACUGCUUACCGAGUGAAAAAGAUGAAUUAAUUCACAAACUGAAAGUUGAAUUGGAAAGGAAAGAUCGAAUGCUGGCCCUGGUCUUCCAUCCAGAUCAAAUAAAAUAUCUCGAGAGCAGACUUUACAGACCAGGAUCAGGACAUGAAAUCUAUAAAUGGUCAUCGUCCACCAUUAGUGACUGCUUGAAGAUUAGAUAUGCAUGUGGCAUCAACGGAUAUGAGUAUCUCAGAAAAGAACUGAAGUAUCCCAUCCCAAGCUAUCGCACCAUAACUAGACAUCUCAAGACUGUUGAGCCUCUCCGGAGCCGAUCGCCUGACCAGGACGUUGAGGAGUCGCCUAUUAGUUGCUCACCUUGCAAGUCCUAAGGCAAAAACUCAGUCGUGGAAAGCCCAACACUGGUGAAGUCGUCUGCUGGAUGAGCUUACAGUUGGAUUUAACCCGAGAAACUCGUGACUAUGCAAGCCAAGACGCAAGCUUAAGCCCCUGUGAGCCCUUAAAGAUGACCAGUGGACUGUCACUUGCCUGGACUUUUUUUUGGCAUUUACAAUACGAGAACCUGCGGACUGAGCAGAUAGGACUGAAACAAAGGAGGCAGGAGGCCGUUCUUCAAUGUGCUCCACCUGGACAUGCAGGCCUUGGCGGCCCGUCGUCCGACACGAGGUGUCUUAAAUGAUUUCAUAGAGCUGUUAGUUUCUGGCCAGUUACUCCUUCUUCUCGUUAAGGAACACAGCAGCUCCCUAACUGGCGCCAUGUUCACCGUGUGCGUAUGAUGGCCACGCUUUCUAUUCUGUCAGACUGUUUUUCUUAUUAAACUGAUUUUCCAUCAGACA